CGCGACGCGCGACGGCGGCGGCGCGGCGCGACGCGUCGCGACGGCGGCGGCGCGACGCGACGCGCGAACGAACGAACGAUCGCGCGCGCGCGACGACGACGCGGGACGACGACGCGGGACGACGCGGGACGACCGAUGGGGACGCCGCGCGGGAAAAAGCGCAAGGCGACGAAACCGCUGUUCGCGUCGAUGAAGUCGAUGAAGCGCGCGCGAGCGGUGACGACGGAGUUUCACGGCGUCACGCGAGUGUUGGACGACGCGAAGGCGUCGAAAGAGGCGAAGGCGAGGGCGAAGGCGACGCUGGAAGCGAUCGGGGGACGGGACGCGUAUCAAGAGGCGAGCGCGCUGACGACGCGGAGACAUCGAACGGCGAAGUGGACGUUUAGCGUGCUGACGAAAAAGAAUCGACGACCGAAGCGCGGAGAGCGCGCGCUUAAGACUUUGGAGGUUGGGGCGAUCAAUACGGAUUUGAUGAGCGCGAAAUUUUUAGACGUGCGCGCCAUCGACGUCAAGUCGCGGCAUCCGAAGAUUGAACAGUUGGAUUUUUUUGACAUGCCCGUGGAGGCUGAAUCGUACGACGUGAUACACUCGAGCAUGGUGGUGAAUUGUGUGCCCACGGCGGAGCUCAGGGGGGAGAUGAUCGCGCGCACGGCGACGUUUUUACGUCCGAAAGGAUUAUUCUUUAUGAUGCUUCCGUUGCGUUGCGUCACGGCGUCCACGCGCAUGUCGCAAGAGAAGAUGAGCCGUUUGCUUCGCGCGUGCGGUUUGCGCGUCGUCGAGCAAAAGCGCACGCCCAAAAUUGUCUUUUAUUGUUGCGAAAAGCUCGGCAAACCGACCGAGACGUUGAUCGGGAAAGACUUAGUCAAGCGAGACGCGCGCGAAGCCUUCGCGAAAUCCGAGCGCGCCAAGGACGCCGGCGGCGAUCCCUCGCACUUCGGCAUCAUCCUCAAGGACGAGCAUUUGUGCGGGUAUUAG